AUGCCCACCAUCCUCAUAACCGGCGCCUCAGGCUUCAUCGGACAACUCCUCGCCACUCACCUCCUCACCAACCAUGCCACCGCCCCAGAAAACAAACUCAUCCUCACCGAUAUCAUCACGCCCUCUGCUCCCUCCUCCCCCCAUCCCCAAAACAUACAAUGCAUCCAAGCCGAUCUCUGCAAUGCCGAGUCCCUCUCUUCCCUCCUUUCCUCGGCCGGAACAAUCGACACCAUAUUCAUCUCCACGGGCAUCAUGUCAUUCCGGGUCGGAGCAAAAUUUCGAGCUCGGCAUGAAAGAAUCAGAAAUACUCCAUCUUUGAAGCCCGAGGGCAAAUUAGUUCGUGUCAUCUACGCGUCUUCGCUCGCGGUAUACGGGAGACCGCUCCCGGAAAUAAUCACAAGAGAGACGCAUCCCACUCCCGAGGGUUCUUACGGCUGUCAGAAACUAGCAUGUGAGACUCUCCUGCAGGACUACAUCGCAGGGGAUUAUCGAUGGUUUGGCAUUGCGUUUCCGACGAUCGUAUCAGGCCCGGGAAAACCGACGCAGGCGGGCGAGUUCGUUUCUGAGCGGGAUGAUUAG